CAGUAAGCGUUUAACAGAGUCAGUUUGUUGCUCAUAACAACGAGCAAAGCUAGAAAGAUGUCAGGAUUACCACGAGAAGUGUUAAAAUGGAUUCAGAGUUUAGAUUUGACGUGGCAAAUCAAGCAGCCAAAGUGGGAUUUGACUAAUGGAUACCUUAUUGCUGAAAUUUUCUCUUGGUAUUUCCCUCAAGACAUUCAGAUGCACUCAUAUAACAAUGGAACUUCAUUAGAUUCAAAACAAAAGAAUUGGAGCCUUUUGAAAUUGUUUAUUAAUCGACAUAAGUUGGACAUUCCUGAGGAUCUGAUUGAGGGAACCAUUCAUUGUAAAGAGGGGGCAGCCCCUGCACUGUGUGAGAGGAUCUAUGAGUUAUUGACCAACAGAAAGUGGGUAUCUGUCAGAGCAAAGAAACAGAACCCUGAAUAUGAGGUGGAUUUCACAGAUAGUGCCUACCAGAUGCAGCUUCCGAUGCAUGCCAGGUCAACGGCAUCUAAAGCCAUUAAAAACAAUCUACGUAUUACAGAAAUCAUGGCUGACCCAAACCUUAUACUCAGUGCUCAAAAGGCCCAGAAAAUUAUCAAUGAGCAUAUUCAACACAGAAACAUGGAGAGGCAGGAGAACCCAGACAGAUUCAAUGUCAAGCCCACGUUGGGGGAGAGGUGUAUAAGGAGGCCCCCUCCCCAACCCUCUCAGCCCACCUUUGAUGCUGAAAGCACACAACACACCUUUACUGUGGACCCUAGUCAGAAACCAGGAGGAGAAGACAAUCCGCUGCCUUUGUCAAGAGAACCAAGUGUGCAAUUCAAGGAGGUUGAAGUCAAACAAUUGGACAAAUCUGCUUUAUAUAAUAUGCCAAUCCAGGGAUAUUGAUUUGUGAUAUGUAUAAAAUAUUUUAUUCCAUAUUGUGUAUCAAUAUAAUGACUUUACAUGGCUUGUCUGUCCGUUUGUUGGUGUUUGUGUGUGGUUAAAAUCACAACACAUCUGAUCAACUAACAGAAAAAUCAUGGGUUGGUAUUGCAUUUCAUUGUAAAUAUACACAUAUACCUACAAUAUAAUUCUGAAUUACAACAAUAAUUAGAGUAAUUAUUGUUUAUUUUCAAGGAAGAAUGUCUCUUCCAAAUAGACUGACACAGAAGAUGCUGAUGUAUGAUUUAAUUUGAGAGUCCCACUUGUUAUGUUUUGAUACAUAUUCAGUCCUUUUAACUGUGCCAAUUUAUGUAAAACUUUUUUUUAAUGUAUACCUCUUAAUUUUUCUGUAAAUAAAAUUGUCUAAUAAUUGUA